UUGCAUCAGUACUCCUCUAUUAUUCAGUCCCUUUAAUAGUCCCAUUUUCAGACAGAAUCAGUUGCACACAACCAGUUCCAUAAUCACAUUUAAAACCAAAACAUAAAAAAAUUAAAAUUUUACAGAUAUUCAAGGAAAAAGUUAGGUUUAUAUAAGUAAUAUGUUUCAGAAACCCUUGAUUGUGUACCAGCUGAACCGAAGAUAAUUUUAUUCGCUUAUUCAAAUGAUUUGGAGGCCAGUGUUGUUUCACAAUCUGCCAGUGCUCUGUUUGUAGACUUGGGCUUCCACCGUGUAACAAAAUUUGGAAACGUUCGAUUUGACACUAGCCAAUCUGCAGAAAUAUACUACAGUGAUGACUUACAACGGUUCAACACAUCAGUGCUUGCUAACCUUCCCGAUCCAUCUCUUGGUUUUGGCAGCAGUUCAAUUGGUAGUGACUCGUUGGAAAUUAUUGAGAAAUUUUACGACAACUCUCCAUUCUCCGUUUGCGGAUCAAUUGUUGUGAUUCUCUCCAAGCGAAACCCAAACGAGGUUGACAUUACUAAUCUAGUAGCCAAAAUUCGAUCGCAUCAUGGAAUGGUUCAUGUAAUUUCAUCAAAUACUCCAUCCGGUGGAUCUCAGCCACUUACCCUCUAUGAUCUUUCAUCUAAAACAAAUGGACUAACCGAUUUUCGAAAUGAUGAUCAAUUCUACGACUCUGCAAUUGGUGGUGAAGGCUUAUUUUUGCCUAUAGCCCUUUAUUCGGCGAAUCCUUUAGUGUCCGGAAAAGGUUCUAUCGUUCUUCCUCCACUACUCGUAACUUAUCCAUACGGAGGUAGCUUUGCAGUUACUGUACAGAACCAUGGUCCCAUUGAUACAUUCCAAUCAUUUCACCUCUCUUGGUACAAUGCUUCUUCAACUUCUAAUGAUGGUUUCUAUGGAUACCCAGGAUCCCCAUCCUACGAGAAAAAUGGCACAAUCCGAACAGAUGGUAGUUAUCUCAGUGCUGCUAUCUACAACAUGACACUUGAAUACUCAUACUCGGACAAUACCCCAAUCAAACUGCAGAUUAGACAAUACGUUUACAUCGGUAUUGCCUACUGGCCACCAUAUGCUGACUAAAUGCCAAUUUUUGCAAUUCAUUUGAAUAAAUAUAUGAACAUUCCGAACCUCUUGAUCUGUUAACCUUUUUAAAAACACAUUUUUAC